UCCCGCCUCUCCACCCGGCGCGUCCGUCUUCCCUCUUACCCACCCCCAACCACGCUGUCCUCCGUAUCCACCCCCUCCUUUCUUUCCCACCCACUCAUCACCCCAGGCUGGGGAAUCUCCAUUGACGUUCGGGUGACGCUACUGUGCUGCCACUGUGGGUAGGUGGGGGUGGUUUCCAAGCGCUGCACAGGUAACGCCACCGCUGCCGCCAUAUUGACAGAGCUGGGGAUGGGGAGGGGGCCCUAGGAACAGGGGUGGGGGACAGAGUCAACGCCAAGCAACAGUCGCGGCGGCGGCAGUGCUGAGCACCAGUCGAGAGGAGCUCUCCGUGAGGCAGCAGAGUUUUCUUGUCUAUUGGGGCAGCUGCCUGCGGCGGCGAUCCUCAGCUCGCAGCCUGUGAGCGGACGCUGCAGCGAGAGCAGCGGUGGCUGAAGCAGGGUCUGAGGGUUACGUGGGUGUUGGCGGCGGCAGGCAAGCUCAAACGACGGGAUGCGCGGUCGCUCCAGCGGUUAGCAGCUCCUGUUCAAGUGCUCCUGAAGGGGCAAUGCUACCGUUCACUCCUCAGGAGGAGCUUUGGAACCAAGAAAUGGAGGUGUUCGGAGGCGGCGCAAGCAGCGGCGAGGUGGAUGGUCUUAAAAUGGUUGAUGAGCCAAUGGAAGAGGGAGAAGCAGAUUCUUGCCAAGAUGAAGGAAUUGUUAAAGAAAUCCCUAUUACUCAUCAUGUUAAGGAAGGGUAUGAGAAAGCAGAUCCUGCACAAUUUGAGUUGCUCAAAGUUCUUGGUCAGGGAUCCUUUGGAAAGGUUUUUCUUGUUCGAAAGAAGACUGGUCCUGAUGCUGGGCAGCUCUAUGCAAUGAAGGUGUUAAAAAAAGCUUCUUUAAAAGUUCGAGACAGAGUUCGGACAAAGAUGGAGAGGGAUAUACUGGUGGAAGUAAAUCAUCCAUUUAUUGUCAAAUUACACUAUGCCUUUCAGACUGAAGGGAAGCUGUAUUUAAUACUAGAUUUUCUCAGGGGAGGAGAUGUCUUUACAAGAUUAUCCAAAGAGGUUCUGUUUACAGAGGAAGAUGUGAAAUUCUACCUUGCAGAACUGGCACUUGCUUUGGAUCAUCUGCACCAAUUAGGAAUUGUAUAUAGAGACCUGAAACCAGAAAACAUUUUGCUUGAUGAAAUAGGACAUAUCAAGUUAACAGCCCCAGACUGGAAAUGUCCCAAAUGUCCUUCAGAGAAUGAAUGGAUAAACAAACUGAUACAUCCAUACAAUGGAGUACUACCCAUCAGUAAAAAGGAAAGAACUCUUGAUAUAUGCAACAACUUGGAUGGACUCAAGGGUAUUAUGCUGAAUUUUGGACUCAGCAAGGAAUCUGUAGAUCAAGAAAAGAAGGCUUACUCAUUUUGUGGUACAGUGGAGUACAUGGCUCCUGAAGUAGUAAAUAGGAGAGGCCACUCCCAAAGUGCUGAUUGGUGGUCAUAUGGUGUACUUAUGUUUGAAAUGCUUACUGGUACUCUGCCAUUUCAAGGUAAAGACAGAAAUGAGACCAUGAAUAUGAUAUUAAAAGCAAAACUCGGAAUGCCUCAGUUUCUUAGUGCUGAAGCACAAAGUCUACUAAGGAUGUUAUUCAAAAGAAAUCCAGCAAAUAGAUUGGGUUCAGAAGGAGUUGAGGAAAUCAAAAGACAUCUUUUUUUUGCAAAUGUUGACUGGAAUAAAUUAUAUAGAAGAGAAGUUCAACCUCCUUUCAAACCGGCUUCUGGAAAACCAGAUGAUACUUUUUGUUUUGAUCCUGAGUUUACUGCAAAAACACCUAAAGAUUCUCCUGGUUUACCAGCUAGUGCUAAUGCUCAUCAACUCUUCAAAGGAUUCAGCUUUGUGGCAACUUCUAUUGCAGAAGAAUAUAAAAUCACUCCUGUUACAAGUGCAAAUGUGUUACCAAUUGUUCAGAUAAAUGGAAAUUCUGGACAAUUUGCUGAAUUAUAUGAACUAAAAGAAGAUAUUGGUGUUGGCUCCUAUUCUGUUUGCAAGCGAUGCAUACAUACAGCCACGAACAUGGAAUUUGCAGUGAAGAUCAUUGACAAAAGUAAGAGAGACCCUUCAGAAGAAAUUGAAAUAUUGAUGCGCUAUGGACAACACCCCAACAUUAUUACUUUAAAGGAUGUUUAUGAUGAUGGUAGAUAUGUUUACCUUGUUACGGAUUUGAUGAAAGGAGGAGAACUACUUGACCAUAUUCUCAAAAAAAAGUGUUUCUCAGAACGGGAAGCUAGUGAUGUACUGUUUGUAAUAAUUAAGACAGUUGACUAUCUUCAUUGUCAAGGAGUUGUUCAUCGUGAUCUUAAACCUAGUAAUAUUUUAUAUAUGGAUGAAUCGGCCAAUGCAGACUCCAUUAGGAUCUGUGAUUUUGGGUUUGCAAAACAGCUUCGUGGAGAAAAUGGACUUCUUUUAACUCCAUGCUACACUGCAAACUUUGUAGCACCUGAGGUUCUUAUGCAACAGGGCUAUGAUGCUGCUUGUGAUAUUUGGAGCCUAGGUGUCCUUUUUUACACCAUGCUGGCUGGCUACACUCCAUUUGCUAAUGGCCCCAAUGAUACUCCUGAAGAGAUACUGCUACGUAUAGGCAAUGGCAAGUUCUCUUUGAGUGGUGGAAACUGGGACAAUAUUUCAGAUGGAGCAAAGGAUUUACUCUCCCAUAUGCUACAUAUGGACCCACAUCAGCGGUACACUACAGAACAAGUAUUAAAACACUCAUGGAUAACCCACAGAGAUCAGUUGCUGAAUGAUCAGCCAAAUAGAUAUGAUGCAUCACAUGUCAUUAAGGGAGUAGUGGUCACCACAUGUUCUGCCCUGACUCACAAGACCUUUCAACCAGUCCUUGAGCCUGUUGCUGCUUCAAACUUAGCUCAGCGACGGAGCAUGAAAAAACGAACAUCAACUGGCCUAUAAUAUUUCUAGUGUUCCUCAGCCAGACUGGAUGAAGAGAAAAUUAAAUGUGUGGCUUUUUGCCUAAUCUUAUAUCAAAGGCAUUGUUUUCUGGUACAUUACUUGAAUAUUCUGUUUAAGCCUCCUUUUUUAGGGAGAGAUGAGAUAAAAAAAAAAUACACAGGUCCACAGUAUUCAUACUCUAUGUUGUUUUGUAGUGGUGUCCAAGUGUUUAAAUAUAUAAUUGGUGUCUACAAGGUCCUAACAACUUCUCUGCACACUAACUUGUAAAGUUCCUUUCAAAUAAAGUUAUUUUAAUAGUUUUUCUAGUUUCAUAAAAUAAUGAUUUGGGGAAUCAGUACCAACAAUCAGGAUGCAAAUACAAUAGUAUAAUGCCAAGCAAUGCCAAUAUUUUUAACAUCAGAUCCUGAAGAAUAGGCUUUUUUAAAAAGAAAACAAACAAAAAUGUAUUGUACAAACUUGUUUUUGCAUACAACCAAAGGACUACAUUCAUUUGUGCUGAUACAUGAGCUCCUGAUAUAGUUGGUGCCAAAAUUUUUACAGAAUCAAAUCACAGAUUAUGUAUUCAGACAGACCUAUAUAUUAUCCAUAAAUGUCCUCAUCUAGAAAUAAAGGUUUCCAUAAGACCUCUGUAAAUUUUACAUCUAAUGAAAUUAUGGUACAAAUGAAUAAAUUUUUUAGCCAAAGGCUUUAUAAUUGGUCUUGUAAUCUACUAAAUAGGUUAUAAUUAAGCCUUUGAAAAUAAAGUACAUGUGUUGAUACCACCUUCAUGAUAUGUAGACAUACUUUCAAUUUACUCAAUUGGAUUUAAUCAUAUUUUUCCCUUUGGUAAUGAACUACAUUUUUGUCUUUGGACUUUCAAAAUUUAAUUACAGUGUAGUGUAUUAAUUUACCUUGAAUCCUAUGGUUAUAUAGUUUAAAUUUUAUUGUAAUGGACUUGUGGGCUUAGCCCACAUGAUAUAAUACAAUGCAUUUCAGUAAACUUUAAACAUUGCUACAAAGAGAUAAACUAACA